AUGGUCGAACAAAGUCUUGUAUAUAUAUAUUUAUUUCUUUGCUCAAUUCUAUUUAUCUCACACACUCGUUCAGCACCUGUGAUCAACGAAACUUCUUCAGUUCCACUUCUACUACUAAUUUCAUUUGAUGGAUUCCGAUGGGAUUAUCCAGAUAUAUAUAAACUACCUCAUUUUGACUCUUUACAAAAGCGUGGUGUACGUGUCAAACAUAUUGAUAACAGUUUCGCUACUGUAACAUUUCCAUCGCAUUAUACAAUGGUUACGGGUCUGUUUGAAGAAACACAUGGAAUCGUGGCCAAUUCCAUGUACGAUCCAGUGCUAAAAGCUGUUGCAGAUAUUAGUACAAUGAAUGACACCAAGUGGUGGUCACAGAAUGCGUACUCCCAACCAAUUUGGGUUAGUAAUCAAUUAGCAAGCGAUGUACUUCAAAGACGUUCAGGUGUUAUUGAUUGGCCUGGUUCGAGUGUGCCUAUCAAUGGCUAUCGUCCAUACGAAUAUCUCGACUUUGAUAUUACGCGCAGUUUGGACAGCGCUUUUAGACAAAUUUUGAAAUGGUUUCGUGAACCUGCGGCAAGUCGUAUCAACUUUGGUGCUGUUUACCAUGCAGAACCUGAUGUUACUGGUCAUCUUCAUGGUCCGAUAUCACCUGAAAUGAACGAAACAUUAAAAAAAUGUGAUGACUAUCUUGGGGGAUUGCUACAAAUGAUUGAUGACGAUGACUAUUUACGGCAAAAUCUAAAUGUGAUUAUUACAUCUGAUCAUGGCAUGCAUGAUGUCGAAAAAACACAUCGAAUAUUCUUAGUUGAUUAUAUAGAUAAAUCCUUAUUUACUGCGUAUGGUGGUCGAGCAUUUGCAAAUAUUUUCGCAAAUAAAGCAUCUGAUAUUGAUCGACUCUAUGCAAAUUUAUCCAACUUAACCGACUACGAAGUUUAUAAAAAGUCGCAGAUACCUGUUGAAUAUCAUUACAAGUCGAAUGUACGAGUUGGUGAUAUUCUAAUUGUUGGCAAAGUUGGUCACGAUGUUAUCAUACCUGGCGAUGAAACCUAUGCACACAUCGUCGGUGAUCAUGGUUAUGACAAUCGAGCUGAAUCGAUGCACCCGAUAUUGUACGCAUUUGGCCCGGCAUUUUAUCAAAACCUUUUAGCGGAACCAUUCCGUAAUGUUGAUCUUUACCCAUUGAUGUCGCAUGUUUUACAUUUGAAACAACGUCCGACAAACGGAUCACUUAGUAAUGUUAAACAUAUCUUAGUCGACUUUCGACCAGAAAUGUCGUCAACGAUCUUAGUGAUCAUCUGUUUGACACUCGUUGCUCUGUCUGCAAUUCUUUUUACCGUAUGUGCUUGGCGUCAUUCUCGACAAUUAGUUUAUGUUCCACCAGACAAAGUAAUCGUCGAGUAUCAUCGUUUGAACAAUCAAGAAGGAGCAUUCGAUUAUUCAUCGGAAGGUGAAGAUGACAUUGACAAUGAGAAAUUGUGA